AUGUCAACUUACGAAAAACUAUUAUACUUUUCUACCGGUCUCGCGGGUGUUUUGAUGAUAUAUAGUGUAAAUCAACAAGUUAAACGACAUUUUCCAAAAGUGACAAUGAGAGAAUUAUUAGGAAGUGAACCAAAGAAAAUUGAAGACGAAUUAAAUCUUGAUGAUUUAGCAGAAUUGACCAUAUCCGAUAAUUUAAGUUUACGAAAUAGUGCGAUUCAUAAAUUUUUACCAGAUAUGAUUAAUUGUUGUAAUCAUCCAGAUCCAGAAAUUAGAAUGAAAGCAGUUAUCACUUUACAAUUAUUAUCAAGAAAUGAAGAGAAUAAAGCCAGAUUAGCGAAAAAUAAAGCUUUAGAAGUAUUAGUGAGAUUGUUAAAAGUGGAUGAUAAUAGAGAAUACACUCAUCGGUAUGCAGCAAUUGCAUUAUACGAUUUGAUAGCUGGAGAUGUAGUGUUGGGAAUCAUACCAACUUUAGCGAAUUUAUUGGGUGGAUCAAAUUCAUUGUAUGACAGUGAGACAAAAUCAUGGUCUUUAAUGGUGAUACAUCAAUUAUCACUUUAUGAUAGACUUCAUCCUCAACUAGUUAAAGAAGGAUUUAUACCUAUUUUGGCUAAUAUGUCAUGGCAAACAUUUGGUAGUUCUACAAUGCCGAAAUAUUGUUUACAGGCUUUAGCCAGAAAAGAGCUUAAUAAUUUAUUGGAUUGUAAUAUAGUUGGGCUUCUCUCUGCUUGUUUAAGGAAUAGUACUGAAAAUUCAGAUGAUGGAGAACUUCUUUAUUGGUCAAUGGGAUUAUUGCAUGAAUUUGUUAUUAAAGAUGUUGGACAAGAUAAAUUUCGCAAAAUGAAAGGAUUACUUAAAUUCAUGUCACAAUUACUUUUGAUGGAAGAUUCAUAUAUCUCUAAAAUAGUUUUAAGGUCACUGAAAUUUUUAUCUCGUCACAAUGCAAAUUUUCAGGAAGAAAUGAUUUAUUCGGGUAUCACUCAAAAGAUCAUUUCAUGUCUAAAUUCACAUGAUGAUGAUGUUUCUUAUUUGAGUUUGAUAGUCUUACAAGAUUUAGCAAGAUAUCCUGAAUCCCAUCAAGAUUUUAUUGAAUCAGGUGCACUCUCAAGUUUGAUUACUUUGGCAACAUCCGAUAAACCAUUAAUUCCAAAAUUCCAUAGUUUGAUAGUAUGUGAACCAGGUCUCAUCGAUACAAUACUUCAUAUGCUUGGAAAUGAAAAUGAACAUGCUACGGCAUGUCUUCUAAUAAAAGCUGGCUGUAUUGAUUCGCUUAUAAAUAUUUUAUUAAAGUGUGAAAAUUUAAAAGAACGAUUGAUUUUUGAACCAGAUAAUGAGGAAAUACAACAUGCAAAGAUAUUAUUGUCAAAAGGUGCGGCUAAUUUAAUAACCUCUUUCUCAUACCAUUAUCAAUUUGUUCGAAAUUUCAUUCUUAAAGAUGAAUUAUUUUUUGGGGCUUUAAUAAAAUUAUGGCAAGAAUUUCCACCUCUCGCUGAAAGUAUUUUAUUAUUUAUGGGAACAUUCUCAAUUCAAGGAGGACCUCAUUCUUUGGGAAUAAAAAUUUUAAUGAUCACAUCAGUUUGGAAAAAAUUAUUACAACCCAUAUAUCAUUCAUCAAUAAUUCGAUUUUAUGGUGAUAAUAAUAAUGGUGAUAACAAUGAUAAUGGUCGUUACGCUUACGAAAUAAUCUUACGUACGGAUGGAUUAAUGCAAUUAGGGUGGGCUACCAAAAAUAACAAAUUCGAUCCUGAAGGAGGUACGGGUGUGGGAGAUGAUAAAUAUUCAUAUUCUUAUGAUGGACAUCGUAAAAAGAAAUGGAAUGAUCGAGAAAUUAAUAAUGGAUAUGGUGAAGCUUGGCUUAUUGGAGAUAUUAUUACUUGUGCAAUUGAUGUGGAUGAAGGAAUUAUAACAUUUUAUAGAAAUGGUGAAAAUAUGGGAAUCGCUUUUACCGAUAAAAAAAAGAUUCCUAAUGAAGGUCCUUGGUUUCCGGCUUUAUCACUUUCAACCAAUCAAAGUUGCCGUGUACACUUUGGUGGAAUUUUAGAUCCUCUCAAGUAUUUACCUGAUGGAUAUUCACCUAUCGCUUCUGUCGUUCUUGGAUUUAAAUUUGAUUUAUCUUCUGAAACAAUUCAGUCAUCAAACGUAAUAAUAAAUUUAAACAGCUCUAAAAAAAUCUCAAAUUUUGACUCUCAAAAACAACAACAACUGCAGCAGAUUGAUUCAAAUGAUCCAACAUUAAAUGUAGCUAAUAUUAUUACUCCCUUAUUAUAUUAUGAAGUUCAAUUUUUUGCAAUUGUCAUUCGAAUUUCUCUAAUUCCCGGGAUUUUGAUAAAUGGAUAUGUGGCAUUUGUUAAGAUGUAUACAAAUUUAGAAAUUAAAGAUGGAGAUUAUAUUGGAUGGGGUGUGUCCUCUUCCGAUUCACAAGAUGUAUAUUCACAAUUCCGAAUAUUCAAAUCUAAAUCCCAAGGAUAUUUCUUUGACAUGUUUUAUCACAUUGAAUGGAAAAGUUAUAGGUAA